AUGCUUAAGCAACUUCAUCUAACUCUUCCUUUCACCGAUGUUGUAGAACAAAUGCCAAACUAUGCUAAGUUCCUCAAAGAUAUUUUGAGUGGAAAAAGGACAUGUGACAUGAUGGAAACAAUUAGCCUACCCGAACAUUGUAGUGCAAUAAUCAUGAAUAAGAUGCCUCCUAAGUUGAAGGAUCCCGGAAAUUUCUCCAUCCCUUGUGCCAUUAAUAAGACUCAAAUUGAUAAUGCCCUAUGUGACUUAGGAGCUAGUGUUAGCCUUAUGCCAUAUUCGGUUUAUCAAAGAUUAGGUCUAGGAGAACUUUUACCUUCCAAGAUUACCUUGCAAUUAGCCGAUAGAUCAAUUAAGAUUCCAAAGGGGAAGGUAGAAGAUGUUCCUUUUAGGGUUGGGAAAUUUGUCAUUCCGGUUGAUUUUGUAGUGUUAGAUAUGCAUGAAGAUUCUACUAUACCUUUCAUCUUAGGAAGACCAUUCCUUGCUAUAUCGGGGGCUAUGAUUGAUGUCAAAAGUGCUAAGAUUUCUCUUAAGAUUUGA